AUGGAGGUGCAGUUAGGACUGGGGAGGGUCUACCCCCGGCCGCCUUCCAAGACCUACAGGGGAGCAUUCCAGAAUCUGUUCCAGAGUGUGCGCGAAGUGAUCCAGAACCCAGGCCCCCGGCACCCUGAGGCCUCCAGCGUGGCACCUCCCGGCGUCCGUUUGCAGCAGCAGCAGCAGCAGCAGCAGCGGCAGGAGACCAGCCCCCGCCAGCAACAGCAGGGUGAGGAUGGUUCUUCCCAAACCCAGAGCCGAGGGCCCACGGUCUACCUGGCCUUGGAUGAGGACCGGCAGCCUUCACAGCAGCGCUCAGUUCCCGAGGGCCACCCUGAGAGCAGCCGCAUCCCUGAACACAGAGCCACCGUGGCUGCCAGCAAGGGGCUGCAGCCGCAGCCACCAGCACCUCCGGAUGAGGAUGACUCAGCUGCCCCAUCCAAUUUGUCCCUGCUGGGCCCCACUUUCCCGGGCUUAAGCAGCUGCUCUGCUGAUCUCAAAGACAUCUUGAGCGAGGCCAGCACCAUGCAACUCCUGCAGCAGCAGCAGCAGCAGCAGCAACAGCAGCAGCAGCAGCAGCAGCAACAGCAGCAGCAGCAGCAACAGCAGCAGCAGCAGGAGGCUGUAUCUGAAGGUAGCGGCAGCGGGAGAGCCAGGGAGGCCGCUGGGCUUCCUAUGUCCUCCAAGGACAGUUACCUAGGGGGCACUUCAACCAUCUCAGACAGUGCCAAGGAGUUGUGUAAGGCAGUGUCAGUGUCCAUGGGCUUGGGUGUGGAGACAUUGGAACAUCUGAGUCCUGGGGAACAGCUUAGGGGAGAUUGCAUGUAUGCCCAGCUACUGGGAGGUCCACCUGCUGUGCGUCCAGCUCCUUGUGCCCCGCUAGCUGAAUGCAAAGGUUCUUUGCUGGAUGACGGCCCAGGUAAGGGCACGGAAGAGACUGCUGAGUAUCCUCCUUUCAAGGCAAGUUAUGCCAAAGGACUGGACAGCGGUGAAAGCCUUGGCUGCAUUGGGAGUGGUGAAGCAGGGGGCUCUGGAACACUUGAACUGCCCACCACCCUGUCUCUCUACAAGUCUGGAGCACUGGACGAGGCAGCAGCUUAUCAGAGUCGUGACUACUACAACUUUCCACUACCCCUGGCUGGGCCGCCUCCCCCUCCUCCACCUCCUGGACAUCCUCAUGCCCGAAUCAAGCUAGAGAACCCCUUGGACUAUGGUAGUGCCUGGGCAGCUGCAGCGGCACAAUGCCGCUAUGGGGAUCUAGGAAGCCUUCAUGCUGGGGGUGCUACAGGACCAGGCACAGGCUCACCCUCAGCUGCCGCCACCUCCUCCUGGCACACCCUCUUCACAGCUGAAGAAGGCCAGCUCUAUGGGCCCUGUGGGAGCAGCACAGGGGAGUCAGGGACAGUAGCCCCCUUUGGUUACACUAGGCCACCUCAGGGGCUGUCAAGUCAGGAAGGAGACUUUAGCCCACCUGAUGUGUGGUAUCCUGGUGGAAUGGUGAGCAGAGUGCCCUAUCCAAGCCCCAGUUGUGUCAAAAGCGAGAUGGGCCCGUGGAUGGAGAGCUACUCUGGACCUUAUGGGGAUAUGCGUUUGGAUCCUGCCAGAGACCACGUUCUUCCUAUCGACUACUACUUUCCACCCCAGAAGACCUGCCUGAUUUGUGGGGAUGAAGCAUCUGGCUGUCACUAUGGAGCUCUCACUUGUGGAAGUUGCAAAGUCUUCUUUAAAAGAGCAGCUGAAGGAAAACAGAAGUACUUGUGUGCCAGCAGAAAUGACUGUACUAUUGAUAAAUUCCGAAGGAAGAAUUGUCCAUCUUGUCGCCUACGGAAAUGCUAUGAAGCAGGGAUGACUCUAGGAGCCCGGAAACUGAAGAAACUUGGUAAUCUGAAACUACAGGAGGAAGGAGAGUCAUCCAGUGCCAGUAGCCCCACUGAGGAGCCAACUCAGAAGCUGACAGUAUCACACAUUGAAGGCUAUGAGUGUCAGCCCAUCUUUCUGAAUGUCCUAGAAGCCAUUGAGCCAGGUGUGGUGUGUGCUGGACAUGACAACAACCAGCCCGACUCCUUCGCAGCCUUGCUCUCUAGCCUCAACGAACUAGGCGAGAGACAGCUUGUACAUGUGGUGAAGUGGGCCAAAGCCUUGCCUGGCUUCCGCAACUUACACGUGGACGACCAGAUGGCAGUCAUUCAGUACUCCUGGAUGGGGCUUAUGGUGUUUGCCAUGGGCUGGCGGUCCUUUACCAAUGUCAACUCCAGGAUGCUCUACUUCGCCCCUGACCUGGUUUUUAAUGAGUACCGCAUGCACAAGUCUCGGAUGUACAGCCAGUGUGUCCGAAUGAGGCACCUCUCUCAAGAAUUUGGAUGGCUCCAGAUCACUCCACAGGAAUUCCUGUGCAUGAAAGCUCUGCUGCUUUUCAGCAUCAUUCCAGUGGAUGGGCUGAAAAAUCAAAAAUUCUUUGAUGAACUUCGAAUGAACUACAUCAAGGAACUUGAUCGUAUCAUUGCAUGCAAGAGAAAAAAUCCCACAUCCUGCUCAAGGCGCUUCUACCAGCUCACCAAGCUCCUGGAUUCUGUGCAGCCUAUUGCAAGAGAGCUGCAUCAGUUCACUUUUGACCUGCUGAUCAAGUCCCACAUGGUGAGCGUGGACUUUCCAGAAAUGAUGGCAGAGAUCAUCUCUGUACAAGUGCCCAAGAUCCUUUCUGGGAAAGUCAAGCCCAUCUAUUUCCACACCCAGUGAAGCUUUGGAAGCCCCUGUUCCCCCACUCCAUCCUCCUCCCCCUUUCAAAUAUCUGCCUGUUAUAACUCUGCUCUACUUCUCUGCAGUGCCUUGAGAAAUUUCCUCUUUUGAUGUACAAUCUGUCAUGAAGAUGUUCCUGACUUC